CUUUUUGGAAAAUUUCCUACAAGAGCCGAAUUUUAAACACGUUUACUUUAUAGGAAGCAACAGAAAGGCAACAUGUCAGCUGAAACACCAAUCACACUGAAUAUCAAUCCUCAGGAUCUGCAGGUCCAAACAUUCACUGUAGAGAAGCUACUGGAGCCUCUCAUAAUCCAGGUUACUACACUUGUAAAUUGUCCCCAGAAUCCUUCCAACAGAAAAAAAGGACGUUCAAAAAGAGCCAGAGUCCUUCUAGCUUCUGUGGAGGAAGCAACUUGGAAUUUAUUAGACAAAGGAGAGAAGAUUGCUCAGGAAGCCACAGUUUUAAAGGAGGAGCUUACUGGGGCACUCGAGGAAGUUCGCAAAGAAAGUGAAGCUCUGAAAGUAUCAGCUGAGAGAUUUGCAGAUGACCCCUGCUAUCUCCCAAAAAGGGAGACUGUGGUUCAAGCUGCCCGUACCUUGUUGGCUGCAGUUACCAGACUCCUUAUCCUCGCAGAUAUGAUUGAUGUCAUGUGUCUUUUGCAGCACGUGUCAGCUUUUCAGAGGACAUUUGAGUCUCUGAAAAAUGUUUCCAACAAAUCUGACCUCCAGAAAACCUACCAGAAGCUUGGAAAGGAGCUAGAGAAUCUGGACUAUUUAGCCUUCAAACGUCAGCAGGACCUAAAAUCUCCAAAUCAGAGGGAUGAAAUUGCUGGUGCCCGGGCCUCAUUGAAGGAGAACUCUCCCAUAUUGCAUUCAAUUUGUUCAGCUUGUUUGGAACAUUCUGAUGUUGCUUCCCUCAAAGCCAGCAAAGACACAGUUUGUGAAGAAAUUCAGAAUGCCCUCAAAGUAAUUUCAAAUGCAUCACAAGGCAUCCAGAAUGUGUUAGCUCCAUCAGAACCUCAGGCGGCCACCCUGGGAAGUGCCCUUGACGAACUUGAGAAUUUAAUUGUCUUGGAUCCACUCACAGUAACUGAGGAGGAAACAAGACCGUCCCUAGAGAAACGCCUUGAAGCCAUUAUCAGUGGGGCUGCUCUGUUGGCGGACUCUUCAUGCACGAGGGAUUUCCAUCGGGAGCGGAUUAUUGCAGAAUGCAACGCCAUUCGUCAGGCUCUCCAGGACCUGCUUUCAGAGUACAUGAACAAUACGGGAAAAAAGGAGAGGAGUAAUACCCUGAAUAUUGCAAUAGAAAACAUGUGCAAGAAGACAAGAGACCUUCGCAGACAGCUCCGUAAGGCUAUUAUAGAUCAUGUGUCAGACUCCUUUUUGGAUACGACAGUCCCACUUUUGGUUCUCAUUGAAGCUGCCAAGAAUGGCAGGGAAAAGGAAAUAAAAGAAUAUGCUGCAAUAUUUCGUGAACACACCAGCAGGCUUGUAGAGGUGGCAAAUCUUGCUUGUUCCAUGUCAACAAAUGAAGAUGGGAUUAAGAUUGUCAAAGUUGCAGCCAGUCACUUGGAAACCUUGUGUCCACAGGUUAUUAAUGCUGCACUCGCUUUGGCUGCAAGACCCAAAAGUCAAGUGGUCCAAAAAACCAUGGAAAUGUACAAGCGCACGUGGGAGAAUCAUAUCCACGUCCUUACUGAAGCUGUAGACGAUAUUACAAGCAUUGACGACUUCCUUGCUGUAUCUGAGAGCCAUAUCCUAGAAGAUGUCAACAAAUGUAUCAUAGCCUUGAGAGACCAGGAUGCUGAUAAUUUAGACCGAGCUGCAGGUGCUAUCAGAGGACGGGCAGCAAGAGUUGCCCACAUUGUCACAGGUGAAAUGGACAGUUACGAGCCAGGGGCUUACACAGAAGGUGUGAUGAGAAAUGUUAACUUCCUGACAAGUACUGCAAUUCCUGAAUUUGUAACACAAGUGAAUGUUGCCUUGGAAGCCUUAAGUAAAAACUCCUUGGAUGUGUUUGAUGAUAAUCAAUUUGUGGACAUCUCAAAGAAGAUCUAUGAUACAAUUCAUGAUAUCAGAUGUGCAGUCAUGAUGAUUCGGACACCAGAGGAACUAGAGGAUGUUUCUGACCUGGAAGAAGAUCAUGAGGUCCGCAGUCACACCAGUGUUCAGACCGAAGGGAAAACUGACCGGGCUAAGAUGACUCAAUUGCCUGAGGCAGAAAAGGAAAAGAUCGCUGAGCAAGUUGCUGAUUUCAAGAAAGUAAAGAGUAAGCUGGAUGCUGAGAUUGAGAUAUGGGAUGAUACAAGCAACGAUAUCAUUGUUCUGGCCAAGAAGAUGUGUAUGAUCAUGAUGGAGAUGACAGACUUCACAAGGGGCAAAGGACCACUAAAGCAUACAACUGAUGUGAUCUCUGCAGCUAAAAUGAUAUCAGAAUCAGGAUCAAGGAUGGACAUCCUUGCUCGGCAGAUUGCCAACCAGUGCCCAGAUCCAUCAUGCAAACAGGACUUGUUGGCCUACCUGGAACAAAUUAAAUUCUACUCUCACCAGCUGAAAAUCUGCAGUCAAGUUAAAGCUGAGAUCCAGAACCUGGGGGGAGAGCUCAUCAUGUCAGCGUUGGACAGUGUCACCUCCCUGAUCCAAGCAGCCAAAAAUUUAAUGAAUGCUGUAGUGCAAACAGUGAAAAUGUCUUACAUUGCCUCAACCAAGAUCAUUCGAAUUCAGAGUCCUACUGGGCCCCGGCACCCAGUUGUGAUGUGGAGAAUGAAGGCUCCUGCAAAAAAACCUUUGAUUAAAAGAGAGAAACCAGAGGAAACUUAUGCAGCUGUCAGACGAGGCUCAGCAAAGAAAAAAAUCCACCCAGUGCAAGUCAUGAGUGAAUUUAGAGGAAGACAUGUCUACUGAAACCACGCUUCUACUCUAGUGUUUAUAUUACAAAGUCUUGGCUAAACACACUGCUUUAUUUUUACACUUGAUUAGUUCCUUAAGUUCACUAACCUAGAAUUUAACCCACAAAUAAUAUAAAACAUUGAAAGCCUAACCAACAUGAGCAACAUAUAUUUGGGAUCAUGUCAUUGUCAUUUCUGUAUGGCCAGCACCUAAUAAGUAAUCAAUAGAUGUUUGCUGAAUGAAUGGAAUCAUUCAAGUGUCAUUCAGCCUUUCCCAUCACAGAGACUAUCUUAUAUUCAUUACUAAAUGAACACAGGAGAUUCAAGUGAGUCCUGUUCAUCUGUAACAGCUUAAGUAUACUCACCCUUUUCAUUUUGAAUUAAAACAGUGACAUGAACUUUUGACUUGGUUUUCAAUGGAAACAAAAGAUUUCAUAAAAUACU